AUGUAUGAGUCUGAUUUAGUUCUUAAUUAUAUAUUCAUUCCUUUGGAGAAUGUUCUGAACAAGUUCUUAUUUGGCAAAUUUCAUUUACAUGGACCAGAACAUCCAACGCAGUGCUCUUAUGAACGUAAAAAACUAUAUCAUCGUCCUCCUUUUACUGAAUGGCCAAAGAAUCUAAAAGAAGCAGUGAAUUUAUUUGAGAAACCUGAAGACGAACAUUUUGAUAUUAACGAUUCCGUUCAAGAAACAGUGGUUAUUAUUCAGAAUAUAAAAUUAUACCUUCUUAUUUGUGAAGCAAAACGUCUGAAUAUGCCUUCGCGUGGAGAUUAUAAUAAACUAUGCAGAAUGCUUAAUGAUGCUGCAAAUAGCUUUAUUUUAUACUGGGUCUCAAAAUGCAAAAUGGUUACCAAUGAAUUAAAAAAGUUGUUUUCUAAGAUGCGAUGGAUCGGAUUAUUUUCAUCUGAUGGAAAGCUUGAUUUUAUGAUAUACCAAAUAUCUGAAGAAACCAAUUUACAUUUCAUUACAUAUCAAAGUUCUUAUCCCAUUUCGAUUCCAAUCACACAUAGAAAUCAUGAUAUGGCAAGCGCAUUAGAGAUAUUUUUACAGAUUGAGGACAUUUUUCAAAUGAACUUGAAAGUGAUUGGAGAAAUUCAUAAGAUAGCAGGUCAAAUAAAUAUAGAUGAGCUCAAGAAUAUCUAA